UGGGAGGGAGUGUGUGCGCGCGUGCAACUCCACUCCGGGGCUUUGUGCGAGCCCGGGCUAUAGCAUUGGCGGCGGCUGGAGGAGGAGCGGCCGGAGAGGCGUGCAGCCCGCCCGCCAGCGCCCGGCAGCCAGGGCAGGUGGGAGCCCGCGCGGGAGCCGAGCCGAAGCGAGCCGGAGCGGAGUCCGAGCGGAGCCCGGGCGGAGCCCAAGAGCCUAGCUCGCGGGCGGCCCGUGGGCGGCAGCCGGGCGGGGCGGGCGCCGGCGGGGCGGCCCCCCAGUAAGAUGUGCGCGGCGCCGCGGGGCGCCCCCCACUCGCAGCGGCGCUCCGGAGCCGGGCAGCUGGGCCAGGCGGCGCCUCGGGGGCUGCUGCGCGCCCGCGCCUAGAGCUGCCGCCCAGGGAGCCCGCCACGGCCGCGCCCCGGGCACGCUCGGCGGCGCCCAACGAUGACCGCUCCCUGGCGGCGCCUCCGGAGUCUGGUUUGGGAAUACUGGGCCGGGCUCCUCGUGUGCGCCUUCUGGAUCCCGGACUCGCGCGGGAUGCCCCACGUCAUCCGGAUCGGAGGAAUCUUCGAGUAUGCGGAUGGCCCCAAUGCCCAGGUCAUGAAUGCUGAGGAGCAUGCCUUUCGAUUUUCUGCCAACAUCAUCAACAGGAACAGGACUCUGCUGCCCAACACAACCUUGACCUAUGACAUCCAGAGGAUUCACUUCCAUGAUAGCUUUGAGGCCACCAAGAAGGCCUGUGACCAGCUGGCCCUGGGCGUGGUGGCGAUCUUCGGGCCAUCACAGGGCUCCUGCACCAACGCCGUCCAGUCCAUCUGCAAUGCUCUGGAAGUGCCCCACAUCCAGCUGCGCUGGAAACACCACCCGCUGGACAACAAGGACACCUUCUACGUGAACCUCUACCCCGACUACGCCUCCCUCAGCCACGCCAUCCUCGACCUGGUCCAGUACCUCAAGUGGCGAUCGGCCACCGUGGUCUAUGAUGACAGUACAGGGCUCAUCCGCCUGCAGGAGCUCAUCAUGGCCCCGUCGAGGUACAAUAUCCGCCUGAAGAUCCGCCAGCUGCCCCUUGACUCGGACGACUCGCGCCCGCUACUCAAGGAAAUGAAGCGGGGCCGGGAAUUCCGCAUCAUCUUCGACUGCAGUCACACCAUGGCCGCCCAGAUCCUCAAGCAGGCCAUGGCCAUGGGCAUGAUGACCGAGUACUACCACUUCAUCUUCACCACUCUGGAUCUGUAUGCGUUAGACCUGGAGCCCUACCGCUACUCAGGGGUAAACCUGACGGGAUUCCGGAUCCUCAACGUGGACAACCCGCAUGUCUCAGCCAUCGUGGAGAAGUGGUCCAUGGAGCGGCUGCAGGCGGCUCCCCGGGCCGAGUCUGGCCUGCUGGACGGCGUGAUGAUGACUGAUGCGGCCUUACUGUACGACGCUGUCCACAUCGUGUCCGUGUGCUACCAGCGGGCCCCGCAGAUGACCGUGAACUCUCUGCAGUGCCAUCGGCACAAGGCCUGGCGCUUUGGCGGCCGCUUCAUGAACUUCAUCAAGGAGGCUCAGUGGGAAGGAUUAACUGGACGGAUUGUUUUCAACAAAACCAGUGGCUUACGGACAGAUUUUGAUCUGGACAUCAUCAGCCUGAAGGAGGACGGCCUGGAGAAGGUGGGUGUGUGGAGUCCUGCAGAGGGGCUCAACAUCACGGAGGUCGCCAAAGGCCGAGGCCCUAAUGUCACAGACUCUCUGACAAACAGAUCGCUCAUCGUCACCACUGUGCUGGAGGAGCCCUUCGUCAUGUUCCGGAAGUCUGACAGGACCCUGUUCGGGAAUGACCGCUUCGAGGGCUACUGUAUCGACCUGCUCAAGGAGCUGGCCCAUAUCCUAGGCUUCUCCUACGAGAUCCGGCUGGUGGAGGACGGCAAGUACGGGGCGCAGGACGACAAGGGCCAGUGGAACGGCAUGAUCAAGGAGCUCAUCGACCACAAGGCAGAUCUGGCCGUGGCCCCCCUGACCAUUACCCAUGUCCGCGAGAAAGCCAUCGACUUCUCCAAGCCCUUCAUGACCCUCGGUGUGAGCAUCUUGUAUCGAAAGCCCAAUGGCACCAACCCCAGUGUCUUCUCCUUCCUCAACCCCCUGUCCCCAGACAUCUGGAUGUACGUGCUCCUCGCCUAUCUGGGGGUCAGCUGUGUCCUCUUUGUCAUUGCCAGGUUCAGCCCUUACGAGUGGUACGAUGCUCAUCCCUGCAAUCCCGGCUCCGAGGUGGUAGAAAACAACUUCACUCUGCUGAACAGCUUCUGGUUCGGGAUGGGGUCCUUGAUGCAGCAAGGGUCGGAACUGAUGCCCAAAGCCCUAUCAACCCGCAUCAUCGGGGGCAUCUGGUGGUUCUUCACACUCAUCAUCAUCUCGUCCUACACGGCCAACCUGGCUGCGUUUCUGACCGUGGAGCGCAUGGAAUCACCCAUCGACUCUGCUGAUGACCUGGCCAAGCAAACCAAAAUCGAGUAUGGGGCUGUGAAGGAUGGGGCCACCAUGACCUUCUUCAAGAAAUCCAAGAUCUCCACCUUUGAGAAGAUGUGGGCCUUCAUGAGCAGCAAGCCAUCGGCACUGGUGAAGAACAAUGAGGAGGGCAUCCAGAGGACCCUGACGGCCGACUACGCCCUGCUCAUGGAGUCCACAACAAUCGAGUACGUCACCCAGAGGAACUGCAACCUUACCCAGAUCGGGGGCCUCAUCGACUCCAAGGGCUACGGCAUUGGCACGCCCAUGGGCUCCCCAUACCGGGACAAGAUCACCAUCGCCAUCCUGCAGCUGCAGGAGGAAGACAAGCUGCACAUCAUGAAGGAGAAGUGGUGGAGAGGCAGCGGGUGUCCGGAGGAGGAGAACAAAGAGGCCAGUGCCCUGGGUAUCCAGAAGAUUGGAGGCAUCUUCAUCGUCCUGGCCGCCGGGCUGGUCCUGUCCGUGCUGGUGGCUGUGGGCGAGUUUGUGUACAAGCUCCGCAAAACAGCAGAGCGAGAGCAGCGUUCCUUCUGCAGCACCGUAGCCGAUGAGAUCCGUUUCUCCCUUACCUGCCAGCGUCGGGUCAAGCACAAGCCACAGCCUCCCAUGAUGGUCAAGACUGACGCUGUCAUCAACAUGCACACAUUCAACGACCGCCGGCUUCCGGGCAAGGACAGCAUGGCUUGCAGCACAUCAUUGGCCCCCGUGUUCCCCUAGGCAUAGGUGGGGUGGGGACCAAAGGCCUGGGGGCAGGGCAGAGGAAAGCAAGAAGACAGGAAGGCACCUCCCUGUGCCCACACUGGGCUUGGGGGCCAGAGCUGCUGCCUGCCUACUGGGACAGGAGCCCUCUGCCCUUACCUCCCAGGAAACCAGCAGGCCCCUAGGCCAGCUGCUUGGGUCUCACUUGCCUCUUGUUUCUUCUGUGGGUUUCUAAAGCUGCCAGUCGAGACAGCCAAGGCCAAAGGAAGCACAUGCCUCUCUCAGGCCAAACUCACCUGCCCCUCAACUCUCCUCAACAGUCAGAAGUUUCUACCAUGGCCUUCCAGAGGCCAAAGAAAAUGGGAAACAGCUAAUAUGUUGUCUCCCCCUCCCCCGCAAGCCCAAGCCUCCUGGACCAUGGCUGUGAGACCAGAGACACAAACCUUGGGCACCUUAAGGAUUGUAGUGUGGCUGCCAGUGGAAGCUGAAGAUGGGGCAUGGCCACCCCACUUGUCUUGGGCAGAAGAAAGACUUGGUCCCUUAGGGGCUUCUCACAUAGCCCUGUCUCUUGGACUUGGCACCAUGUGUGGCAGCCUCCAUCUUGGCUAAAUUGUAGGCAGAGAGCCCCAUAGAAGAAAAGAGGUGUCUGGGGUAUGGGAGAGAGGAGAACGCUCAAAGGCCGCCAUUUUGAAUUCUUACAGAUGAUGUCCCAGUGGCUCCCAUUUGUCAAGGAGGUCUUCAGGAGUAUAAAGUAGAGGAGUGGUCAGAGCAAAUUUUCUAUUUUCUGGACAGAGGCUAAAGACUGCUUGAAUCUGCCACAAAGGAUGACCAGAGAUUCGCCAAUAUUUGAAGCCAGAGGAACAGUGGAUUCCAUGGAAAUCCUGUAGGCCCUUGAGCCAUUGGGUCUUAUUUUGCCGGUUACUGAGCUGUUUUCUAAACCCUAGUGGCAUUUGAGAGCUUGGGUUCUUUGCCAUCUACUCAUCAACAACUCCCUAUUCCUGGCCAGUUGACCUUGACUUCCUUCUGUCACCUUGGAAGGAGAGGAAAAACCAAGAUUGAAGUGAAAGUCGUCACCCCUCCUCAAAGAAGGAUCCAGGUCCUACUGCACAGGACAAUUUGGGGGGUAGAUGGGGAAGGCCAGAGGGGCCCUAAAGAACUCUUGGCCUCCUGGACUUACCAGACCUGAAGACGUUCCCCAGAAAGGAAAAUUUUUAGGGACAGGAUAUCAGAGCUCAUAGAGGCCCCAAGGAUGGGGAAAGAAAAGCUGCCUCCUGGAGAAUUAACCAAAGACCCCACAUAGAGACACAGGCCAUCUAGGUCCUGAUCUCUUGUCCAGAGCAGCUUGGACCUAGUGGGGUUUGGGGGUACAGCAAAGAAAUAGUACCAGAUGAGGUACCAGUGAAGGCCAGACCAGAUAAAAAUAACCUGUGGGUUCUAGCUAGGUAGAAUGGAUGCUCUAGAAGUCUGACUAAGAUUCUGGAAAAAGAAUGAGACAUGGAAGGGUUAGGAGCAAAGUGUCCUUAAAGAGAAUACGACAGGACCAGCAGGGCUUCCCAUAGCCAAGGGCAGAGGGCAGUCUUGGAGCAGCAGAGGGAAGGCUGAAGAUGCUGGAUGGGAACCCAGAAGACACUUGUAUCCCCCUUCCACCUCUCUCCUGUUUCUGCCUGGGGAGUCUGGUUAAGGAAGAGCUACAAUUAGAUCUCAAGGACCUUCUCAGCUGGGGUGAAGGAUAAUCUCUAGCUCCCCCACUCCAGGGGCUCCCAAAGCAGGAGAGCGCAGUGGGCUCAUGUGAUAAAUACCAUUCCUCCUCCAAACUGUGAGCUGCAGGACCAAACCAGCUGGUUCCCAUCCUCCCAGCAGCGCCAACAGGCUGUGUGCUGGGGAGGUGGGAAAAGAGAGCUGGACGCACAGCCUCGCCAACACACUUAAUGACAGGAGAAGCCAUGUUGUCGUGAGCUUGUGUGUGGGAGUGCAUGUGGACGCACUUAUGUGUAUCUGUGUGUGUGUGAGCUCUGGGAGCUGGGGGUCAGGGACAGAUUUGGACAUGAAAGAGAGUCCAAGACAUGCAAUAAUAGAAGCCUUUGGAUUCUGAGGUGUGUGCACACACGUGUGUGAAUUGGGGAUGAGGGAGACAAAUCUGGACAAGCAGCAGAGCCCCAUACACAGAAAAACAGGAGAAGCCAUGUCUUACUAGGGUCCUGGGGAGUAUACACAUGUAUACACCCAUGAAUGAGUGUGUAUGCUUAUGUGUGCAUGUGUGUGUGCGUGCAUGCAGGGGUGCACAUUUAUGCACCAAUGGCAGAGGGCGGAGGACAAGAGAAAACCCACAGUGUUGCCAAAUGUUUAAAAGAAGAAGCCAUGUCAUCAAGGGGUCCACGUGUGAGCGUGUGUCUGCAUGUGGGGGCGUGUGUCUGCAGUGGAGAGCAAGACGGAGGACAGAACCAGAGAGCUGUGCAGUACAGGUCAGUGCACAUGUGCAAGGAGCCAUGUGGCACUGGAGUUUUUUGGGGGGAGAGCAUGCUUACACAUGGGUGUGCAAACUCACCCCUGUGUUCCGGCUCACAGCAGGAGCAGAGAUGGACAAUCAGGACAGCAGGGAAUCGGGGUUUGUUUGCGUAUCUGUUGUAGGGAGAGAUCAUUUGUCACAAGGCUUUGCCGAGACAGGGUGCUUUUGUGUAUGACACUCCAUGAGCGAGUCGUGUUCAUCUGAGGUUGUACAUGCACAGAGGCUGAUGGGGGAGAAGGAAGUGGCAUGGUUUGGGGGAAGAUGUUGCAUCAGUGGAAUGAAGAUUAGUGGCAAUUGGAGGCACUAUUCAAAUAGGGUAAUCCCCCAACAGGUACUAAAAUGAUUUUUAGACUUCCAAAUGAAAGUGGGGUGGCAUACCUGACCUCCCCCCCCAUCCACUCAAGCCUUAUGUCCAUGUGUGUGGCUCAUGUUCAAACUCUGGUUGGUGUCCUUGGUUUGCUUUCGAGACCAGCCCAGUGUUCCAAGUACAGUGGAGAUUGCUUCUGACCAAACAGGAGCUGUCUCUCUCCCCAGCAGGGGGGAAGGUGUUUGCAUCCUGGCAGAUCAAGAGGAAUUAAAGGCAAAAUCAACCAUGCCAGCAGGUGCACACCUGAGCUGCGGGGGGUGUGCAGGGGCACGCCCACCACAGUGGCACCGAGGUUGGUUGUGGAAUCAUCAGAGUUGGUUUCGAUGGAACAGAAGAUGGGACUCGCCCGAGCAGGUGCUGGAUUGUCCUUGUCUGACUCCACAUGCCUUCUCUUAACAGAAGAUCGCCCCCACCUCUCACCCCCAUCUCCCACCUGAAAUGCCAGUGCCUCCUCUCAGCCAGCUCAGACUGGCCAAGUUGAGGGGCAACAGUGAGGAGACCCCCCCACACACACACACCCCGCCAGUCACCAAGGCCCUGGGGCUUUCG